AUGGAGAGCGUUGGAUAUCGGUUGGGAGAUUUGGUCAUCUCCUGCGCGUUUGAUACUGUCCCGUGCGAUUAUGUAAAGUAAGUAAAACUUUCAGAAAAUUUGGAUAAUUUCUUUUUCAGUGAUUUUAUUAAAGUCACCGACCCUGACUAUGGUAAUUGUUACACUUACAAUUCAGAUGGGGCACAUAGAGUGGCACGAUCAGGAUCGAUGUACGGUAAGUAGAUCACACAGAUAGCAAGUCUGAAUGGACUGUGAUGAUACUCAUCGUCAGAGGAAGUUCGAAACUCCUGAAACACAAUUUCAUACUGCGUUGUCUACGUCUUUUUUUCAGGCCUUCGGUUAAUAACAUUCAGUAACGUUACGGAUUACUUAUCCUCUUCUUCUCGAGCUGGCAUGAGGAUAACUGUCAGCAAACAGAACUACGCUGUCUUUCCAAAUACUUAUGGUUAUGAUGUGGCGGUUGGAAGAUACGUCUUGGUCGCUGUUUCUUAUGUAAGCAAUGUUUGGAAGCAGGGUACAUGAUGACCCGUAAAAAUUUUUUUUUAAAUUCUUUCCUAUUGACGUAUAACUAUGCAAAAUAAAACUGAGAAAUGUAUACCAAAUUCAACGUUUCAGAACGACGUAGAAAGGCUUGGCUAUCCGUACAACAACUGCAACAAGAAAGACGAAACAGAUGGUUCGAUAUAUAACGGAAGCUACACUUAUGAGGUAAAGGCUCUUUAAAAAAACUGUGAUAUGUUGCUCAUGGUUUCUGACGUCAAAUGAAAUGAUAUUUUCAGGGUUGUGUUCGCACUUGCUUUCAACGAACCCUUCUCGAAAGCUGUGGAUGUACCGACUCGCGGUUCCCGCGGGUCACGGAUAAUGACACUCUGUGCAGCUACAAGGAGACCACAAUGUUUGAAUGCUAUCAGAAUUUCAUAAACAAGUAUGGAGAUUACACGCAGACUCAGAACUGCUCUUGUGCCUCGCCUUGCAGGUAAAAUUUGUUUACUAUUAUCUCAUAAGGAAAGAGGAUAAAGGCGAGAACGUAUUUUACAUUUCAGCGAAGCACAGUAUACGGCUGUGCUGACUACUGCAGCUUGGCCAAGGUAUUUCCCAAAUUUUACUACUCCCCAAUGCACCGGCAACUUCCCGGGGACUGAAGUUGACUGUUAUACUGCUUAUACGUGAGUUUAUAAAGGCAAUAUGAUAAUUUUAAGAUGUAAAAUUUUUAAAUAUGCAAAUUUUGAUGUCGGAAUUUUAUGAUUUUUAAUUAGAAUUUGCAAAAAAUUAAAUCUUUUAUUUAUGAUUUUUAACCCGCAUUUUUCUGACUUUUUUUCGAAAUUCUAAUAAAAAUUUUUUCAUAUUGAAAUUCAAAUUUGCAUGAUCAAAUUUAGAAAUUUGAAUAUGAAUCUUUAAAACCUUGCAUAUUUUAUUUCUAAAUAGUUCAUAUUCAAAUCAAAAAUUUUACAUUCUAGAUUUUAAAAAUUUGCAUAUAAAAAUUUAAAAAUUUGCAUAUUCAAACCUCCAAAUUUAGCCAAAACGCCGCCGCCAUUGACAUAAUGUUCGCAAACAGUGAGUCCGAGAAGACUCAAGAGUCUCCAAACAUGGAUGGCUACGGACUUUUCCGCAAUAUUUCCGGAGCAAUUUCCCUUUGGAUUGGCGCAUCAGUCAUCACGCUGUUCGAGCUGAUCGAACUGUUGUUUUACAUUUGCUUCUCCAGAAAACUGUGUGGCCCAUGCAAACCCAGGCCAGAUUCUCCAUAUGCUGAUGAUGGGACUGCUGAUGAUAUAUAUAACGCAGACGGGAAUGAUAGCCACAUUCCACCGCCAAUCACGGAGGCGGGAGAUAUGGGGUGAGUAAAACUUUUUGUUCGCUUGUUUGGUUAUGGUAAAUAGGAUAAAGAAUGCUCUUUUUGAGUUGUCCCAAUUAAUUAUUUUAUUAUGCAGAAAAUUUUUGUACAUAUGGUAUGUUACUUCCAGAUUCCUGGAUGGCAACCCUUACGGCGGUGAUUACAACCCGGCGGGUGGCGAAGGUGGCGGAGCUCGUGCGAGAAAAGUCCCUACAAAGUUUGUCUCCGACUAA